AUGGCCACCCCCAAACGUGAGAAUGUCAUAAAUGAAAACAAGCCACUGAAAGCGUACUAUGACUCCAUUGAAUCCCGUCUCGGAUACCGCUUUUUCCUCGGCGGGGCCCGGCAUUUUGGAUAUUGGGAAAAUGACACUCGGUGGCCGUUUCCCUUAGGACCGGCCCUCCGCAGGAUGGAGGACCGCCUGGCCCAGACCAUUGAUCUGCCACCAGGGUCCCGUUGCUUAGAUGCCGGCUGCGGCAAUGGGCGAGUCGCAACGCAUCUAGCAAGAGCGCACGGCCUGAAGAUCCAAGCAAUCGACUUCCAUCCUCGGCAUGUAGCUCGAGCACAGCAAAAUAUCCGCAAAGCCGGAUUAGACGAGUCGGUUUCAGUGCAACGAGCUGACUACCACCACCUGGAGGCAUUUGAAGACGGGAGCUUCGAUGGCGUCUACACCAUCGAAGCUUUUGUGCACGCGACUGAUCCCAAGGCCGUCCUGGAAGGAUUCUUCCGCGUGCUCAGACCAGGAGGCCACCUUGGCUUACAUGAGUACGCUCAUGUAGACGACAAGAAGGAUAUGGAUCGGGACUUUGCGCUUGUCAACAAAUACGCUGCUAUGCCCGCAAAUGUUGGGUUCGGGAUUGACACCCUCCCAGAAAUACUGAGGGAAGUCGGCUUUGAGGACGUGAGGGUGAUAGACAUUGCGCCGAACAUUCUGCCGAUCCUUCGACUCUUCUAUGUGAUUGCUUACGUCCCUUAUCUCAUAGCCCGCACGUUUCGCCUCGAGCGGUACUUCAUUAAUGCUGUCGCGGCCGUUGUGGCAUACAAGCAUUUUGACUUACAUCGUUAUUAUGCGAUCCAGGCUCGGAAGCCACAAAGCGAAUCACAAGGAGAGGAGCAGUCGGAACAACAAAAAUAA